GCCCAUUUUGCCUGCGCUGCUCACUGUUCUGCCGCUGACAUAUCAACACAGAAGAGGACAAAGAAACGCAAUGGACGGUGAUGUUGCAGUUGGUGUGAAGAGAGGCUCAGAUGAGCUCAACUUGUACAGUAGCAGCCCCAGCUCAAUGACAGCAAACGGUAGUGAAAGUAAGAAGCAGCGGCUGGAUGAGUCGCCUCCCUCCAGAGUCCUGCACAUCAGAAAACUGCCCAAUGAAGUGACCGAGACUGAGGUCAUCGCACUGGGGCUGCCCUUUGGAAAAGUCACCAAUAUACUGAUGCUGAAAGGGAAGAACCAGGCCUUUUUAGAGUUGGGUACAGAGGAAGCGGCUAUUACGAUGGUGAACUACUACACGGCCGUUACACCACAGGUCAGAAACUCUCCUGUCUUCAUCCAGUACUCCAACCAUAAAGAACUGAAAACAGACUCUGCUCUGAACCAGAGAGCCCAGGCAGUGCUACAAGCCGUAUCAGCAGUCCAGGACGGAAGCUCUCCAUCGUCUGACCAGGGAGUAUUAGAGCUCGCUCCGCCCCCGAGCCCUGUCCUGCGAAUUAUUAUUGACAACAUGUUUUAUCCUGUAACACUGGAUGUUUUACAGCAGAUUUUCAGUAAAUUUGGGACUGUGAUGAAGAUUAUAACCUUCACUAAGAACAACCAGUUUCAGGCUCUUCUGCAGUUCAGUGACCCCGUCAACGCACAGCAAGCUAAACUGGUACCCCGUCUGGAGCUCUAGCUUCCUACUCUAGUGGCGGAGGUUACUCAUCUUCUCUCUCCCUCUCGCAGGGUGGAGGAGCCAUCAGCCCGCUGAGCGCUGCAGCGGCGGCGGCAGCAGCUGCAGGUCGUGUCGCCCUGUCCGGGUCCGGAGUGUCGGGGGUCCUGCUGGCGUCCAACCUAAAUGAAGAGAUGGUCACGCCUCAAAGUCUCUUUACCCUCUUCGGAGUCUACGGUGAUGUUCAGAGGGUGAAGAUCCUCUACAACAAGAAGGACAGUGCUUUGAUCCAGCUGUCUGACGGCAACCAGGCUCAGCUCGCUAUGAGUCACCUGAAUGGUCAGAAGGUGUUUGGUAAAGUGAUGAGAGUGACUCUGUCCAAACAUCAGACUGUAGCUCUGCCAAGAGAAGGGCUGGAUGAUCAACUACUAACCAAAGAUUUUUCUGGCUCCCCACUGCACCGCUUCAAGAAACCAGGCUCCAAAAACUUUCAGAACAUCUUUCCUCCCUCUGCAACACUUCACCUCUCUAAUAUCAGGGAUGGAGUUGGAGAAGAUGAUCUCCGUCUUCUGUUCUCCAACAGCGGAGGAACCGUCAAGGCCUUCAAGUUCUUCCAGGAUCGUAAGAUGGCUUUGAUCCAGAUGUCGUCUGUGGAGGAAGCGAUCCAGGCUCUGAUCGACCUGCACAACUAUGACAUGGGAGGGAAUCAUCAUCUUAAAGUUUCCUUUUCAAAAUCUACCAUCUAACCCUCACACCAUCUCCUGAUCGUCUGUCAAAAAAAAAACAAAAUCACUAUCAUCUCUCCUCUUUUUUUACGUUAUGAGAAUAGUUUUCAGUUGAAGUAUUUUUUAAAGAUUCAAAUUCCUCUGUCAUUUUUUUAAUGAAUAAAAAGUGGUUUGCUUUGUAAUUGUUCAAAAGUGUUUGAGCUUCGACGUUUCUGUUGUUUUAAGAAGCAGCUCAGCAGCAGCUCGUUGGCUGGUUCUGGUUUCUUCAGUAGAAGUGUUUUUUUUUUUUAGAGUGCAAGUCCGAGUGGUUCCAGGUGAGAGGAUGUUUUGUGGUGCUCGGACGUGUCGCAGCAGUAAAAAGCUUCAUAUCGCUUCUCUCGGAUCAGUUCCUGUCUCUGUUGGGUUAGAGGUUGAGGCUUAAGUAGUUUUCUACAUCGUGACGCUUCAUGAACCACUGAGACAAUAUUUUGUGCUUUAAGCAAAGUUUAGAAAAAAAAAACUUCUGUUUUCUUUUUUAUUUGAAAUAUUUGGUGUCGUUUGAUCAGCAGAUUGCUCCUUAAAAUAUCCAGGCUGUAAACAUACACUCAGAUGCAGCAGAAGUGAUUGAACUGGUUGUAAAAUAGACCCAUUAACUCAGACGUUAAUGUUGUAUUUAGGUUUUUAAAUACCCUCUUUGUUUAUUAUCACCUGCUGCUGAAGAUGAAAGGGCAAUGAUGUUUUUGUCCAUGUCUCUGUGUGUUAGCAACAUUUUAAUGAAGCGCUCAGAAACUGACUCGAUGCAUGCUUACAUCUGAGUCAGUCCAGUUCAAGAUGGCCGCCACUGCUGCGGCUAAAACUCAGUCAGGUUUAUAAAUGUUAAGAUCUAAUUGAGAGUCCUCUUCAGCACACUCUGACUGCUGAUAAUCUCAUGAGGCAUCGAUCAUUUGUAAGUUUAACCAAAGUGGCUAAAGCUUCAUCUGAGGCUGAUUUGACCUUUCAGAAACCCCAAUAAACGUUGAAUCGGA